AUGGCUGAAUAUCUUGCUUCUAUUUUUGGUACUGAAAAAGACAAAGUAAAUUGUUCGUUUUAUUUUAAAAUUGGUGCUUGUCGUCAUGGUGAACGAUGUUCCCGUGUUCAUAAUAAACCUACCUUUAGUCAAACGAUUCUUCUAAAAAAUCUUUAUUUAAACCCAAAUAAUAAUUCUAUUCCAAAACCAGAAGGUGGCUUUGGUAAGUCAAUAUUCAAUUCAUUUAUAAUGAUCUUUAAUAUUACUUUCUUACUAGAACAAUUUAGUGGGAAUACUUACACAGACGAAGAAGUACAACAACAUUUUGAUGAAUUUUAUGAAGAAGUUUAUACAGAAGUUGAAGAUAAGGUAAGAUUGAUGAAAAAUUAUGGUGAAAUUGAAGCAAUGACUGUUUGUGACAAUCUUGGCGAACAUCUUGUAGGAAACAUUUAUAUUAAAUUUCGUUAUGAACGAGAUGCCGAACGAGCUGUAGAAGAUCUUAAUACACGAUGGUUUGAUAGAAAACCAAUCUACGCAGAAUUAAGUCCUGUUACGGAUUUUAAAGAAGCUAGUUGUCGACAGUAUGAAUUAGGCGAAUGUAUGAGAAGUGGUUUUUGUAACUUUAUGCACAUUAAAACAAUAUCACAGGAUGUUAAAAAACGUCUUCGUGGACGUCGAAAACGAUCACGUUCACGUAGUCAUUCACCAUCAAAAAAAAAUCGUCGUCAUUGA